UGUAAUGUAUAUAAUUUUCCCUCCUUUCACUAGGUAGAAAAUGCUUACCUGUGUUCUCCUACUGUGAAGACUUGGAAUCCUCAGACCACUACAGCUUUGAUUCUCCAAGUGCUUCAGGAUGUAAAUGUGGUCUGAUCUUUCCCUGAUGGGCAGUUAAAUCAUGGACUCGCUGAACAAUUUGCUUUGGACUGUCCUUCCAAAAGAUGCUUUUGCUUCUCUCUUGAAUGCUCAUUAAGCAUUUGUAGCUGACAAAGAAGAACAGGAAAACCGUGAACUGGCAAGUUAUCUUACAAUGAAAAUUACGAGCACAUCUUGCAUCUGUCCAGUCCUAGUGUGUCUCUGUUUUGUGCAGAGGUGUUAUGGAACUGCUCACCACAGCUCCAUCAAGGUGACCAGAAACCAAACCAAACACAUUGAAGGUGAAACAGAAGUCCACCAUCGUCCCAAAAGGGGAUGGGUGUGGAAUCAGUUCUUUGUUUUAGAAGAACAUAUGGGACCAGAUCCACAAUAUGUUGGAAAACUGCACUCCAAUUCUGACAAAGGUGAUGGGUCUGUCAAGUACAUCCUUACUGGAGAAGGUGCUGGGACUAUAUUUAUCAUUGAUGAUACCACGGGGGAUAUCCACUCAACCAAAAGCCUAGACAGAGAGCAGAAGACACACUAUGUGCUUCAUGCCCAGGCUAUUGACAGACGGACAAACAAGCCUCUGGAACCUGAAUCUGAGUUCAUCAUCAAAGUGCAAGAUAUCAACGACAAUGCUCCAAAGUUCACAGAUGGACCUUACAUUGUGACUGUGCCUGAAAUGUCAGAUAUGGGUACCUCUGUUCUACAGGUGACAGCUACUGAUGCAGAUGACCCUACCUAUGGAAACAGUGCUCGAGUGGUUUACAGUAUUCUCCAGGGACAACCCUACUUCUCUGUAGAUCCCAAAACAGGAGUUAUUAGAACGGCCUUACAUAAUAUGGACAGAGAAGCCAGAGAACACUACUCAGUGGUCAUUCAAGCCAAAGACAUGGCUGGACAAGUUGGAGGGCUUUCUGGAUCUACUACAGUCAACAUCACCUUGACAGAUGUCAAUGACAACCCACCACGGUUUCCACAGAAGCACUAUCAACUAUAUGUUCCAGAAUCAGCUCAAGUUGGCUCAGCUGUUGGGAAAAUCAAGGCAAAUGAUGCUGAUACUGGCUCCAAUGCUGACAUGACCUACUCCAUUGUGAAUGGUGACGGUGUUGGGGUAUUCUCCAUCUCCACUGACAAAGACACCAGAGAAGGAAUCCUCUCCUUAAAGAAGCCACUGAACUAUGAGAAAAAGAAGUCCUAUACCCUAAACAUAGAAGGAGCCAAUACACACCUGGAUUUUCGCUUUUCCCACCUGGGUCCUUUUAAAGAUGCAACCAUGCUGAAGAUCAUCGUUGGGGAUGUAGAUGAACCACCACUAUUUUCCAUGCCUUCUUACAUUAUGGAAGUCUAUGAAAAUGCGAAGAUCGGGACCAUCGUUGGCACAGUUUUAGCACAAGAUCCUGACAGUGCUAACAGUUUAGUAAGGUACUUCAUCAAUUACAAGGUUGAAGAUGACAGAUUUUUCAACAUUGAUGCAAAUACUGGAACCAUUAAGACAUCGAAGGUUCUUGACAGAGAAGAAACUCCAUGGUACAACAUCACAGUUGCUGCUUCAGAAAAUGACAAUCCUGAUUUGUUGAGCCAUGUCACAGUGGGUAUUAGAGUUCUGGAUGUCAAUGACAAUCCACCUGAACUUGCCAGGGAAUAUGAUAUUGUUGUCUGUGAGAAUUCUAAGCCGGGCCAGGUUAUUCAUACCAUCAGUGCCACAGAUAAAGAUGAUUUUGCCAAUGGACCAAGGUUUAACUUCUUUCUCGAUGAACACCUAUCUAUCAACCCAAACUUCACCCUUAAGGACAAUGAAGAUAACACAGCCAGCAUUCUGACAAGGCGGAGGAGAUUUAGUCGAACUAUUCAGGAUGUGUAUUAUCUACCCAUUAUGAUCUCUGAUGGUGGAAUCCCCUCUCUCAGCAGCAGCAGCACCCUCACCAUCAGGGUUUGUGCAUGCGAGAGAGAUGGGCGCGUGCGGACCUGUCAUGCAGAAGCCUUCCUGUCCUCGGCUGGUUUGAGUACAGGAGCCCUAAUCGCUAUCCUUCUCUGUGUUGUCAUUCUCCUGGCAAUUGUAGUACUUUUUAUCACCUUGAGGCGCAGCAAAAAAGAGCCAUUGAUCAUUUCAGAAGAGGAUGUGCGAGAGAAUGUGGUCACCUAUGAUGAUGAGGGAGGCGGGGAGGAAGACACUGAGGCCUUUGACAUCACCGCAUUGAGGAACCCUUCUGCAGCUGAGGAGCUCAAAUACCGGAGGGACAUCCGACCUGAAGUGAAGCUCACUCCCAGGCACCAGACACUGUCCACCCUGGAAAUUAUAGAUGUUCAGGAGUUCAUAAAGCAAAGACUGGCAGAAGCAGACCUAGAUCCCAGUGUUCCUCCAUAUGAUUCUCUUCAGACUUAUGCCUAUGAGGGUCAGAGAUCAGAAGCUGGAUCUAUCAGCUCACUGGAUUCAGCAACGACACAAUCAGACCAGGAUUAUCAGUACCUUGGAGACUGGGGGCCUGAGUUUAAAAAGUUAGCUGAACUCUAUGGAGAAAUAGAUUCUGAAAGAACAACUUAGGGGGCCAAUUCUUAAAACCUUGUGGAAUCUGCUUCCUCAGCAAGUGGAGACAUAACCUCAGCAAUGACAAAGCAUAACCAUGGAAACAGUACUUGAACUGAGCAAGCUGUACACAGCUCCUGUAGAAACAAGUGCCCUUUCUACAAUCCAAACUGGGUUAUUUAAUUGGAAGAAAGCAAAAUAUAAAAGAAAAAUGCAGAGAAAAAUCUGCUGUCCUUGUGUAUAUUUUCAAUUGCUCAAUAAAGUCUGUGGUACUGUUUAAUUAAGAAUACCUGAAAAAAAGCCAAACACGAAUAUUUGUUUCAAUAUUUUGUGAUUUCUUUUUUCCUAAAGCAAAACUACAAAAAGGGGCUCAAAAUCACUGACAACUAUGACUUUUAGGGGUGGUGGAUUGCAAAAGGAAACUCAUGAAGGUAAUCAUGACCUGUUUUUCCACUUUAUUGAGUGGAGUCUUGAGAGCCACACACUGUUGUGACAGAUCCCAUUAGCCUUGUCUUGUGUUUAAAUUGCAUACGGUGUUCCCCCUCUACCAGACCAUUCUGUCAUGGACUUGUACCAUUUCCCUCUGCCCUUCCCCACUUCUUUUCUCCAUACAAAAUUGAUGGAGCAUGGGGAUUUGCUGCCUGCACUAUAAAGUAUGCAACUUCGGUGUACCAGACAUGCACCGUACUGAGCAGGAGACAAUAGUCUCUGUCUCGUCUGCCCUCCUUUAUUUUAACAGGAGAUCCUCCCCCCCAUUUUUUUUAAUAAAUAGAAUGAAUUGUUGAAGGUAUACUCUGAAAAUCUGAUACGUCAGGGAAAGAUUUAUUUUAUAAAUAGAUACAAACCUUAUCCUUUACAAAAUGUUGAGGAACUUUUUAUUUUUUUUCCCUUUAUUUUAGAAAACUGAAAUCAGCCAAAAUUUUUGCUUCAGUCUUAAUUCAUUUUCCAUUUUCAUCAUAGACAGUCAUCAAAAAUAUGUACCUCACAUGUUAUCAAAGUCUAAAAGGACUAUCCUUCAAGUAGCAUAAACAUAGACUCAUGGUUGACUUAUUCUUUACACGGGUUCAGACUUAUCAGUCCUUACAUGUUUGAUGUCUACAGAGGAAUAUGUAGGACUGGGCACAAAAAGUAGGAGUUUCACACUUAUUAUCAUUGGACACAUGCCUGAAUGUCUCUGAAAUUCAGGGUCCAAAAGUGCAAGAUAGAAAUGGACUGACUUCCCUGCCUACCUCACAGGGCUGUUGUGAGGAUCAAGCAUCUGUAAAACUGCUUUACCCACUGCAAAGGAUUCUGCUCCAUACAUGUUUGUAGACACUAAUUUUCUAAUUCCAUUAACUUAUAAAUAUAUAUUUACAUACAUUUUACAUAAAAUAUUAUAUUAUGGAAGAAUGUCAUGAAAUCAUAAACAGUGAUGUUACUGCUUAACUAAAUAUGUAAUGCAUAAGUCUAUUUGUUUUAAUAUUUUCCUAAACAAUCUAAUUUUCUUAAUAUUUCUUGGGGAUUUUUGUUUUUCAAAUUGUUUUGGGUAAUGUUUUGUUUUUGUGUGUUGCUCUUGAUCUCGAAGUAAAUAUUCAUAGCAUAAUAAGUCCGAUUUUCUAAGUGAGCCCAUCUGUAUAUUCAGUUAAACUAGAAUUUCUAAAUUCAUGAAAUGCAAAUUAUUUGAUGGGAAAAUUUUUCUUUGCACUUUAAUUUUUUUUUUCAUGAUCUAGUGUUUCCAAAAGUCACAUGACAUUUUGUGUAAUUCUACCCAUGUGCAAAAUUUUGAAUUUUGCCUCAUGUCACAGCUGCCCUGCGCUAUCAUAUUUCAUUUUUGAGGUAUGGGAAGAAAGUAAAUUUAAUUUGAAUAAUUCUCAAUUUGUGUUUUAAGCCUGAGGAAUAAAAUGUAAUUUAAGGUUUUUACAACAUUUUAGCUUUCCAGAUGCUGCUUUAUCAUUUUUUACAUCAUAAUGGUGUGUGUUCUGGUGUAGAGCAUGAAUCCAAAGAGACAUGAGGGCCUCGGGGAAGAGCCUAUGGACACACAGGCUCUGAUUAUGCUAACGCUGGACUACUUUAGUCCUGAAAGGAGAGAAAACCUUAGAGAUCGACUAUGACCCUGAUGUCUUGACUUUCCCAUUCCAAAAGGAGGAGAAACAUCAGGAUUCUGAAGUUUAUCAGGCGUUUGAAUUUAGAUUUUGAUGAACUAUCCAUGGCUUCUAAUUUUUUGAAAUAUUUACCUUGUAACUUCACUGAUGAGGUUUUGAAAUAUAAAAAAUGUGUAUUUCCUUCUAACCAUUUACAUAAAAGUCAAAGUUCUCUGACUUGUUCUGGUACUCAAAUAUUUCCCUGAUUUUGAAGUAUCAAGCACACUAGUACAAUUUGUUUUUUAAUUACACAUUAUAGUGAUGACCCAUAAUCUAAGCCUCUGAUCUUGAAUCCAAAUAUAAAGUCAAAAUGGAUCAUCUGUAGUUUGGAAAUAUAUUUUCAUUUUUGUAUGUUUUAAAAUUCUAUUAAUGAUAACAUUCCAAGUACUGUUUUGUAUAUGGACUUGGAAACUAGACAAGUAUAUUCUUAUCAGUUGAGAUUGGGUCUCAUUUUUUUUCUUCUAUUAUUCUAAAUAAAGAAAAUAGUGAUGACUUUUAAAAGUUCUAUAAAUUGAGCAUAAUUAUUAUUUAAAAAUAGAUACAUUACUAUAAAAUCUCCAGUUGAUCAGUUACAGAAUAAAGUUCUCAAAGAGUUUUGAGGGUCAAGUAUAUAUACAUCAACUCUGAGCUUUGGCCACAAAGAAUCAGCCAUGGACUCAAAUGUCAAUAAUGUCACUUCACAUUUCUGAAGAUUCAGUUAAUAUUUAUAGACAUAAAUUUUUAAAAUACAUUAAAUUUAAAUUAUUUUUUUCAUUAAUACAGCAAUUUUCAGACAGAUUCUUUACAAAUGGUGACUGAUAAAUUAAAGAUUAUAAUAUGACAAUGUUUUUAUCUAGGGUAUUUCUUAGCAGUAUUUAUUAACUUCAAAUACUUUGUGCAAACACCGAGAAAUUAAAAGGAUUUACAGAAAUAACUAAAGAUGUAUUGUCAGAAAUUAUUUCUAUGACAAAGCUGCACAAACACAGAUUUGAAGAAGAGUUACAGGAAGAAAUUAUAACCAAAGUGGAGCUUUAUACAGAGGUAAAGUGUGACUUUUCUAUCAUAUGGUACAAGCAGGGGCUAUUCUGAAAGAAAUUGCAUUCACUUAGCCAUAUGGGUAAACACACAUACACAUAUGUCUUCCUGAAGAAUGUUUGGGAGAAUAAAGUAAUAUUCAAGACAGAGAUGUGAUCCAAAUAUGUGAAACAUAUAAAAUCGUAGUGGAAGGUUCACCAUAAACAGGUGACUCAAAUGAAAUUUUUGGCUUUUAUCCAGCCUAGUGUUUAACUUCCAAUGAUGCAGUAUGGAGCUAAUUUGUAGAUAUGGGAACACAAAGAGAAGGAAAAAAAAUGAAAUAGGGUACAGCAAAUUUUCUGAGAUGAUAAAAACACACACAGUACCUGUUGUAAACACUAAAAAGUGUUUUAACUUUGAUCCUUAGGAUACUACAGUUUAGGAAGAAAUCUGCAUAGAAACAGGAAAAUGUAUUGGGAUCACCAUUCUCAGUAAUGAAGAAUGUUUAAUACACAAUUAGUCAUUGUUCUGUUUGCUCUCACUUGUUUUUACCCAUAAGUUUGAUUUGGUGUCUCCUUUCUGGUUUAGUUGAAUGUAGGGAAAAUAAGCAAAAU